AUCAAAUUAACUAUAUACUUCAUUUCUGCUACAAGUAUUUUACACAACUUGUCAACGACAAAUGCUUAAGUGGAAAUAUUUGAAUAAUGAGAAUAGCAUGUACCGAAUAUAAAAGAGGUGUCUAGCUUACGUUAGUAACACAAAAACAAUGUUUCCCCACUAUCUCUACUCAAGGACCUGUCCGAGACUGCUAUAUAAUUUUAUGUCUCGUCUGUGUGUUUAUGGUUAAGUUUAACCGCGACCACGUGAGAAGUAUCUCGCUUAUUUUGUUUGAAUUAUAUUUAUAAGUUUAAGUGAAUAAAUUUUUAAAACGUAUAUCCAAACAAAUAAGACAGUCUAUAUUUCCUCAUAACGCGUAUUUAUAUGUUGUUUCUUUAAUUGUUUAUAAUUUAUUAUCGGUUACGUAAAUUUAGAUUUUUGUGAACUAACAUGUCCAGUGUAAAGGAAGACCAAACACAAUCAGUUCCAAAUAUCAGUGAUAAUAUAGAGAAAGAUAAUUAUGAUCUUUAUCCACAAAGAAGAGAAUCACAACGGAGUUGGGUUAAUAAAAUUCUUCGCAUCGAAGAACGUCAAGAUGUAGAUAAGUUCAAAUGCGAAAUGAAUGUUUACAAGUGUAUAAAAGACAGUGCUCUAGUUAAACUUAUGCUGGCAGCAUUAAAAAGUUCAGGGUGUGAAAUUGAUAUUCGCCGUCACAUUACCUGUGAAGUGUGUGAUACAUCAGUGACGGGGGGAUAUGAUCCAGAUUUAAAUCAGGUUAUUGUUUGUCAAAAUACAGCUACUUCUAAAGGAAAGGUCCAAGGUGUUUUGAGUCAUGAAAUGAUUCAUAUGUUUGAUUUUUGCCGAAAUAACAUGAACCUGAACGAUAUAAAUCAUCUAGCUUGCACAGAAAUCAGAGCAGCAAAUCUUUGUCACUGCAGUUUUCUUGGUUCUUGGAUCCAAGGAUUUGCUUCACCAUUCAAUAUUAAAGAAAGACAUCAGAUUUGUGUCAAGGACAAGGCUAUGAAAUCUAUACUUGCCGUGCGAAAUGUUACGGAAGAUGCAGCACGGGAAGCUGUGAAUCGAGUUUUUGAGAAGUGUUAUAAUGACUUGGAACCAGUUGGAAGACGAAUUCGUAGAAAUUCCGACGACAUGGAAAGAGCGUAUGCAGAAGCUCCAUUAUAUGGAUAUUUUCAGGACUAGUGUACGCCGUUUUAAACAAUGUAGUGCGCAUACCUUUAUUUCGUUAUUAUGAACCUUAUCUCAAUUUAUCGUGUAUUACUCAGUGUUUACUAUUUAGUUCAAGAAUUCUAAAGGGUUUUAGCGAAAUGUAACAAAUUUGUAUAAAUACCUUUGACGUCAUGACACGACAGAAGAAAAUGUAUAAUACAUGUUGAAUGUACAUAAUGU